AUGUCCGCAUCGAUUCUCCAGGAAGGUGAUAUAUGUGGUUCAGCGUGUUUAUUCACAGAAAGGAACAGUCAGAGAGCAGGUUCCUUAUUCCAAUUAAAGGGCGAGGUGUGCUACUUCCGCAAGAUAUACUGGCCACAUUCACUUAUUCUCGGGACGGAGCUUCCGUCUUUUGGGAUCAUUCUCAUCUCCUGUGAACGAUUGUGUGCCGUGCUUCGUCCUGCUGCCUACAAUCGAAUAUUCAUGGGGAAAUUCAAAGUCGCUCUUCUUCUUACGGUUCCUUUGGCCGGCAUAAUAUCGGUUGCGAUCGCUGGGUUGAGCACUUUGGGUGAUGCUGGGAAUCUCAUUGCUGCUACUCAACACUGUGCAAUCAUUGCUAGUACAGCUAUCUGGCUACCGGAAAGUUUUCUCGAGAAGGGUACCGCGUGCCCUAAUAGCAAGCAAGGAAUCGCAGAGAAUGAUGUGAAGGGAGCUGCUGGCCGACAGUUGUCGAUGCCAAAGUCCACAGCUCGGUUGACUUCGAGGACGUAUUUUGAAAUUAUUAUUGAGAUGAAGUUUGAGUCAACAACGAGAGAGUCAGCAGAGACAGAAUUACGAAAUUCGCUCGAGGAAGAGUCGGUAAGGAUAAUCGACUCGGAAUCAUGCUCUUAA